CACUAGCAAUUGAACGAGCUGUUGCCAUUGAUUCAGUCUUAAGGGCAAGCAAAAUUUGUCAAAAAGUUUUUCAAAACCUUGCGACAAGUGAUACUGUUAUUAAGAAGGAUAGAUCACCUGUUACAGUUGCUAAUUUUAGUGCUCAAGCAGUGAUAAGCAAAAUUUUAUAUGAAUAUUUUCCAAAUGAUCCUAUU